CCUCUGCUACAUGAUCGUGCACGCUUUGUACAUUUCCCUCCGUGUCUCUCUCUCCUUCUCUCCCCCACACCUCUGCCAAUCAUGUUCUCUCGCAUGGGCCACGUAGCUCGCCGGGCGUCGGCUAGGGUUGUGUCGAUGCCUGCCGCCCAGGCGUCCACUGCUGCUGCUCGCGGUGUCGUGUCUCGGGGGGCUGCCUUGAGCGGCGGAGCAUCAGCAGCCGGAGUGCUUGCGGUCGCUGCCGCAGGCGCUGUCGCCUUGGCCAGCGAGAGGCAGCAGCAGCAGGAGACGGCGCUGUGCGCCGCUCCUACCUUCAAGUACACUGGGGAGCCCGGCACCGCCCACGAACGCUCGUUCAUCGCCAUCAAGCCGGACGGGGUGCAACGUCAGCUCGUCGGCGAGGUCAUCUCUCGCUUCGAAAAGAAGGGGUACAAGCUCGUCGCCAUGAAGAUGAUCUGGCCAACCAAGGAGAUGGCCGCCAACCAUUACGCCGACCUGUCGAAGAAGCCGUUCUUUUCGGGCCUGGUGGACUACUUUUCGAGCGGGCCCAUCGUGGCGAUGGUGUGGGAAGGGCCCGAGGUCAUCUUGACCGGGCGCAAGAUGCUCGGGGCGACCAACCCCAACUCGUCCGAGCCAGGAUCCCUCCGCGGAGACUACUGCAUCCGCGUGGGCAGGAACUUGGUCCACGGCAGCGACGGAGGCGAGAGCGCCCAGCACGAGAUCGGCAUGUGGUUCACUGAGGAGGAGUGCUCCGCGUGGCCGCGCACGCUCGACGCCUGGAUCGUUGCUGACAACUAAGCAGAGUGCUCUGUCCGCUCUUGUUGACACGUUAGUGCAGGGGGUUUGUUAUAUCUUGUGGGAACAGUUUUGACCAUCGGUGUAUCUACGUGCAUACGCAAGAGGGUUUUGCCCCCGAGGGACAGUUUUGGCUGGCGGUACAUCUUCCUGUUUGUGACGGUUGUGAAAACCGGGGUCGUUUGUAGUCUACAUGUGCCUGGUCACACACCGUCUCUCUGGGAGUAUAUACAGCGUCAAGAUCAUAACACACGGACAUAUUGAUUAGAAUAUACCGGUGGGGGAUGCGAAAGGAAGUUGACUCUCGAGACUGGCGGCCUAGACAGACGAGAAUGAAGAGCCGCGGGACAAACCCGUGGGAUGGAUCCGCGGGACAAGUCAGCAGGACAAAGUCUUGUCUGUCUGUGUUACGUGUCUCAAAUGUCGCUUGCGUUUUGUUGUACUUGGAUAGGCUCUGGCUGGUGGGUCAAAGGGGGGGAUACUGAAGGUAAUUAGGUCCUCGAGAACUGUUGGAUGUUGACCUGAGAACACUUGCUUGCGUAGCCUCCCUGAGGAGAUGACACACAGACGCUCUAGAACUUGUAUUGCUUGUUCGGGAUGUAUUCGCCCCUCGGAUACCUGUAGUGGUUGUCUUGACGGUUGUUGAAUGAGAGCUACUGCUACCGCGGUUGUACUUGCGGUGGAACUCCCAAGGGUGUAAGAAUUAUCACCUGUCGAGAUCCGGAAACCUAGUUCUGAAAGAACGGGUCGGUGUCUCUUCUCGACCCAUCGCAUGCAAUUCGUUCAUCAUGCCGCUACAUUGUUGUGGUGGUCGGUGAUUGCUAUAUAGGGUAAGAUGCGCCGCGUGGUGAGAACGCCGACAACCCGCCUUGUUUUUGCCAGGAAGCGUUCGAGCGGUGUUGCCGGCGGCGGCGAACCGGAGGGGUGUUUGCUCCGACGAUGACUAUGACGUGUUCGCGGGGUUUUUGCCAGAAAAUUGUGUCGCGCCAAUCGGGGGCCUGUUCUCGGACUCGAGACCAUCCUGCCGCCUCUU